UUCGAAAAAGAAUACAUGUCCGACGAUAGUUCAGAAUCAGAUAAUGAUUCGGUAUCAUCAUCUCAAAUACGUCAAGAUUUUUCGCAUAUACUUGAUGAAUUUAUUGAAAAAUAUGAGGUCACUCGUAACAGCGUUUCUAAAAAAGAACCAAUUGAUGAUAAAUUGGAACAAGAAGAAAUGAACCAGUCACUACUUCAUGAUCGACAUAAAGUGGAAGAUGUUAUUAAUCAUAGAAAAUUGAAUAAAACAAACAAAGACGGGGAGGAAUUUGUGGAAAUUGAGAGCGAACGGAGUGUCAGGAAAAGACAACCCUGGGAUUGUCAAUCAAUUCUGAGUACAUAUUCAAAUCUCGAAAACCAUCCCACACUGAUCCGUGAAAAACCUCGUAGAAAGAUAAAAAUCGAUAAACAGACAGGAUUGCCCAUUCAAGAACAAGAGUCUGAUGACGAAAAAUCACCAAACAACGAGAAAGAUGUAGAAGACAAAGAGGACAACGAAGCAGGAAUUAAAGAGGAGAACGAUCAAACGAGAG